AGCACGUUUAGCGGCAAGAUGGUGGCCACCAGGAGAGGAACGCGUGUGAGUUCUCCAGAGAAGAACACAAACGAUGAAGCCGCAGAAACACCGAUGUCUGCCAUCAGAAGAACAAGACGUAGAACAGUGAUAGUGACAACGCAGUCCCAGUCUGAACAGACCAGUGACUCCCAGCAGGAUGAAGCAGAAGAGCAGAACAUGGCUCUAGCUAAACCAGCAAGUUCAACAAAAAGGGAAACCAGAGGUUCUAAAUGUCAUCCCACAGACAAACAGCCAGAAUCCACACAUGAAGCCGACGUGUCUGAAUCUGAAUCUUGUUGUUCUGUGGCGUCGGAUACCCAGCUGACCUCUCAAAGCAGAAGGAGAACAUCAGUCCGAGGAAAACCUAAAGCUGUGGCUGAUCAGGCGGCAUCUAAAGCUGAAUCGAGUUCAUCGUUUGUUAAGACGCCACGCAGAUCCACAAGAGGUCAGAAGAAACCUAUUGUUUUAGAGUCCACUACUUCACAGGAAGAGGAGCACUCUGAGGCCGAGUCUUGUAGCUCUGUGGCAUCUCUCUCAACAAGAGUCACGAGGAGCCGCAGGAAGCCUGCUAUUAUUCCUGAAGAUGCAGCUCACUCAGGGGCCGGUUUGUGCUCGUCUGGACCUCAGGGAUCCACUGUUCGUAGGUCCACACGCAACAGAGCGAAGGUUACUGAGCCAAUUCCCAUCCACUGGGAGCAGCACAAAACUACAGAGGCUUCUGCUGUUUUUGAGCCCAACAGAACAAGGGGACGCAGUGGCAAAGCAAAGUCCAAUGAGGAAGACCAGGCUGAUGACUCUGAAGGGUGCCACUCUGGCCCUAGCUUGAAUCUGAGAAGAACCACUCGUAGUCGGGUAGCUGAUUCUGAUUCAGAAUCAAUAUCGACUGCAUACACUUCUCUGGAUAGUCCUUGUUCUACACAGGACAGGGGAACUCCUUGUAGUAGCCGAACUGGCUCAGCUAGCAGCAACCGUGCCGUUCGAGUUUCUAGGUCAAAAAGUGCCAGGCUUGCCUUAGAUGUGCCCAGUAUUCCUUCACCGAUCUCCAAAAGUGUCAAAAAGGACAGUGAAGAGAAUGAAACUGAGAAAGACCAGGCUGAAACUACAGAGGAUAUUCCUUCCCUGUCUGUAAGAACAACAAAGUUUGACAUAGAAGGUGGAAAGGAGUUGGAGGAGGAUGCAAAUAAUAAGACAGUUAUUGCCGCAGAUCAAGAAUGUUCCAUUGCUGAGGACAAUAAUGGGGAUCGAACUCUUACUGAGGAUGAGGUUGAAGUGGUUAAACCUGAGCACAGACAAGACAUCUCUUCUGAGACUGAGAAGGAUAUUCACGAUGUUGAGGAAUGUCGGGAGAUUGCAGAUGAGGCCGAUUCUGUGCGGGAAGUCCAAGCCAUGGAAGAGGAAUCAAGUUCCAGUUCAGUGAUGCCCCUAAAGAGUGUCACAGUAACUGAAGAGGAUGAGUCAAACCUCACAGAAGAACCUGAUACUGAAGUCCAGCAAUGCUGUGAUCCAGCCAAACGUGACGAGAAUUUAAAAGUACCCUGUGAACCUGAGGAAAAAGUUAAAGCAACCAAGGAGAUGACGGACAUGGCAGCUGACAAAGGUGCCAUUAGAAUUGACCGGGGACCUUCUGAGGAAGGUGUGAUGGAAGGCAUGACUAACGAGGAAGGACCUUCAUCAAGCGCAGAAGCGUGUAAGACAAGUAUUGAGAAGACCAAGCCUGUGAAGGGAUGUGUCAGCUUGCUAGACAGUAGUGAGGAUGAAGAGAGUGGUGAUGAUGAUGGACUCUCAGUGGAUGGAGGUGAUGACAAGGCUGAGGACUUGGAGAGUGAGGAUGAAAUGUGCUGUUCUGAGGAUCAGCCAGGGCCCUCCGGUGCACCAGGCUCACUCACGGGUAACGGGCUGUUUGUUAUUGACACGCAUCCUGGAUGUCAGCCCAGUGAGAAGUACUACGUUGAUACUACACGGAAUGAAGAUGAUUACAAUGUCAAGGACUCCAACGCUGUCGAGGACGAAGAGGACUUUAUUGAUGAGGAAGGAGAUGAUGAGGAGGAUGAAGACUCAAAAGUACUCUUCAGUGUCAGGAAGCCGGCAUUGAAUGAAUUGUCCAGUUCUAUUGACCCGGGGUUGAAGGUAAAAGCUCUUGGCGGAUUAUAUAUCAACUUCGAUGGCAGCAAGUCCAAAUCUGUUUCUGACAACCUGAAAAAGCUCAAAGAUCAGAAGAAUCAGGAUGAGUUGCUGAAGAAGAGUGUGAUUGUUGCAGACUUUGAAAAGAAAGACACUGUGCCACCAUACAAGGAAUCCAGGCAUGCUACGAAAUUAAAGCGCAGGGAGGAAAGAGCCAAGACCACAGGAGAUGGCUGGUUCAACAUGAGCGCUCCUGAAUUAACGGAGGAACUGAAGAAUGACCUCAAGGCCUUACAGAUGCGUUCAGCCAUAGACCCAAAGCGCUUUUACAAGAAGAACGACAGACAAGGACUUCCCAAAUACUUUGAAAUCGGAACAGUGGUUGAUAACCCCAUAGACUUCUACCAUUCCCGAAUUCCGAAGAAAGAGAGGAAGAGGACUAUUGUGGAAGAAUUACUUGCUGAUGCAGAGUUCAGAAGUUUUAACAAGAGGAAGUAUAGAGAGAUCGUGGCAGAAAAAGCAGCAGCAGCAGCUGGAAAGAUGAAUAAAAAGAAGCAUAAAUUUCAUAAAAAGAAAUGAUUGAAGAAGCCUGAGUUGUGCCACCGGUUUGGAGGAUCCCACAACACGACAGUGCUCAUUUAAGAUCUGUCAAACCGAUCACUAAUAAAUCAUGUAAACCAGC